AUGAACGUGGAAGCCAAGAACGGCUCCGCGGUUUCUGCAGCAGACAUUAAUGGAGACCGUGACUCUGCCGAUGUCACGGAACACGAACAAAUGAACGUCAAACCCAAGACUAAUGGCGAUAGCAAGGCAGAUCGCAAAGCGGCUAAUGCCAAGGACCCCUCCCGCCCGCGACGGAAGAAGGCCCGGCGAGCUUGCUUUGCGUGCCAGCGAGCUCAUUUGACUUGCGGCGACGAAAGACCAUGUCAACGUUGCAUCAAGCGCGGUCUUCAAGAUGCGUGCCAUGAUGGUGUUCGCAAGAAGGCCAAGUAUCUCCAUGAUGCUCCGGAUGGGGCGUUAAUGCCAGCUGUCAGUGGCGCCAACAACAAUCUUUACAACAACACGCUCCGCAAUAAUAUGCCCUUGUCUAGAAAUGGUGCAAACGGGAUCACUUCCAGCAACCAACGAAAUCAACAUAAUCAACACCACAGCCAACAAUCCACGAGCUCCAACGGUAACAACUUUUACCCUACGCCUCAGACGCAGGCUGGCUCUUACAACCCAUACCAAGACUCCUCUAUGAGCCAAAGUCCCUUUACUACACAAUCACCCGUCUCGCCUACUUUCAGCAUGAAGCCCAACGGUCGGAAUCCGAGCCUUUCAUCUAGCGUGAAUCAGCAGCCCACUCCGAGUACUGCUCUCUCUGGGGAUACUAGUCAGUCUCAGAAUCCUUUUGCAGGGCCAUUUUUUGAUCCCAGUGAUCCAGCGCUCUUCAAUUUCGAUCUAUCAAGCAUGAACUUCGAGAACAGAUAUGGUGCUUUGGAAUUCGGCAUGCUUGGUCACAUGGCUACCGGGGCCGGUGAUUCUCCAACUGAUUCUGCAGGACAACGAGGGUCGAUCGGGCGCAGUGGGUCAGCCCAAUUCUCUACACCAGCUCCUGGUUUUGGAGAAAGCCCCGGCAAUCAGCCUUUCAUGUUCGGCGAUCCUCUUCUCAAUGAGUGGCCGUCCGGGCCGGCCUCGGGCCAGCAUGUGAACGUCGGCGGUGUGUAUGGUCAGAACGGCAUACUCUCCGAACACAUGAAAGCGAACGCGCCACAUGCUUUUGCGAUCGAAAGUGGACCGGCAAGCUUCACUAGUCCUGGCUCAGCCACAAGCCCGCACAUUACAACGGCUACCUUCGAAGACGGCCCAUUCAAUGUCGCUGCCACCCAAAAGUCCAAUAGCCUUGUGCCAAAUGGACAACGCCAGGUAUCUUCGGCAUCGAUCCUGAAGCAUCCGAAUCUGCAGGCAGGAGCUAAACGGCGCCAUCGCAAUCCUUCCUCAAUUUAUGAGAGUGUGAAGGAGCCGUAUGCAUACACAAGUGGUUUCCACAACCUGACUGCUUUCAUUCAACGCCGCUUCACGCCUCAAAAGACCGUGCGGAUUGCCAAGGCGCUUGCCUCCAUUCGACCAUCUUUCAUCGCAACCACUAAGACUCUUAAUCGCGAUGAUCUCAUUUUCAUGGAGAAAUGCUUCCAGCGAACUCUAUGGGAGUAUGAAGACUUCAUCAAUGCUUGUGGUACCCCGACCAUCGUCUGUCGACGCACCGGCGAGAUUGCCGCCGUGGGAAAGGAGUUUAGCAUCCUAACCGGCUGGAAGAAAGACGUGCUCCUAGGAAAGGAGGUAAACCUCAACGUCAACACUGGUGGGUCAGGCGCGCAGUCUGGAACAACAUCGCGCGGCAGUUUCACACCACGCGGCUCGGCGCUCGAGAAUUCCAACAGUGGACGUCCACAGCCAGUUUUCCUAGCUGAGCUUCUCGAUGAUGACAGCGUCGUACAGUUCUAUGAAGACUUUGCGCGUCUGGCAUUCGGAGAUUCUCGCGGCAGUGUCAUGACUCGGUGCAAACUGCUCAAAUACAAGACCAAGGAGGAUAUGGAAGUUGCACAGUCCGAUGAUAAUGGAAAGUGGAACAACCAUAUCCGCAAGGGUGGAAUUGCCGGCGAGGCUGGCAUGAACCAACUUGGUUUCAAGGACGGAAAGGUUGAUUGCGCGUACUGCUGGACAGUCAAACGCGAUGUGUUCGAUAUCCCGAUGCUCAUUGUGAUGAAUUUCUUGCCAUGCAUUUGA